AUGCUAGAUCUGGACACUUACGAAAGCACUUUGAAUGGGUACGAUAAAACUGAAGCAAUGACAACUGUGUAUGUGACCUUAAUAGAAAGGGCAAUCACAUCGAGUGCUGCAUCUACGACGGUAACUACAUCAUCUACGAAAUCAAAGGCUUCUGCAACCUGUACAGGUAGCAGAGCAGAGUGUACACACAAGAAAAACAACUCUCAAGCGCUUACAGUUGGUUUAGCUGUUGGUAUACCUGUUGGAGUUACUUUUCUGUUGUUAUGUGUAAUAUUAUAUUUUGUCUUCAAAAGAUACAAGAAAGAAGAUGAAAAACAUGAGCAAGAAUUUGAAGGUGAUAUCACAUACUUAUCAAAUCACAUAGGCAGUAGACCUUAUUCUUCUAACAGCUCCUCUAAUUCUCGUGAAUUUAAAGAAAAAGAUGGCAGUAUAACUGAUACAAAUGACAAUACUCCUAACCCGUUUUUGAAUUCAGGUGAUGUUUUACAAGUGCCGCAUGGCAUAGAAAGAGGCUCAAUAAUUAGUUAUGCUAAACAAUUACCGGAUUCUAAUAUUGGCGGCUGGAAAAUAGCUACGAAGUCUAAUAUAUCAUCCAAUUCACUAUAUGGAUCGAGAAAAAAUAGCUCUACUUCUAUACUAAAGACUCUUUCUGAGAAUAACAACUAUCGACCACCAAUUGGGAAAAACUCAUCUACUUUAAGUUUAGGAGCUCAUCAGUCAGAAUUGUUACGAGAAAAAGAAGGUUCAACAAAAUUGUCUAAUACUAGUACAUAUGUCAACUCAAAAGACAUUUCGAUUGAAAUGGGACAACAUGCACUUGAUGUAGAGGCAAUCAAUGAUUAUAGUGACAUUGUUUCAAAUAGUACUGAGUUAGAACAUAUCAAUAGAAUAAGAAGUAUUUAUGAAAUAUAUUUGGAAAAUUUUGAAGAUGAAAACUCUGAAUCCCAUCUUUCCUUCAAUAAUGAAGCUAGAGUGAUACAUUCAGAUACCAAUUCUUCUAAUAGUAUCAAUGAGUUAUCAUCUGUUACUAUAUCUUCAUCAGAUUCUUUAAUGCGUCCAGAAAUAUUACAGAAUGACAACUCUCAAUCAACUUUAGAUACAUCCUCUUCAAAUACAAUUGAUAACAAGAAGGAUAUACAUGAACUAAAGGCACCGCUUGGAAAAAUUCAGUUUACUAACGAAUCUAAUGAAACAAACCAUCUUCAAACACCGAAUAAUAGCACCCAAUCGAGGGUUGCUUCGUCUGUCUAUUCAGGUACAUAUAUAUUACCGCCUAAUGACGAAGCUUUGCUUUAUAAGCCAAUCAAUUUUGAAGAAGUAGGAUCGGCAAAUAACGAACAAGUCUCUAUUAAGGGUCUAGAAGAGAACUCACAACAAAAAAUCGAUAAACAACAAUACCAUCAACUAUAUUAUCAACAAGGUCCACAACAAUAUCAUCAUCCUCAGACUAUGGAAGCUUAUGAGCAAUUACCAACCCCAUCAAAGUUAUUAUACUCUGAUUCAAUCCAAUCUUUUACGUCGUUCAAGGGCAGAAAGAAAUAUCAACCUUUGGUUAAACUAAAAGCUGCCAGAUUACAAGGAACGUCUUUGAAUCCGAUGGAUCAUCCUGAUAUGUUCUAUAAUCAUACCUUAGAUUCACAAUCAAUAGCACAAGAUCAAGCCUCUUGUUAUUCAGGUUUAAGUAAAUCUACUGUUCCAUUACCAUACCAAUUGAGACAAAGUAUUGUAAUGACUGACCCUUCAGUGUUGACAAUCGCAUCUAAAUAUAAGGCAGCAGGUUCAUUUAGAAAGAUCCAAGAUAUGAAUUCUAGAAACAACAGUCUUGUUUCACAAGGACAUCCUCUCCAUAUUUACAAACCUCGCGUCAGUGGCCUGUUAGAUAAUUUUGAUGUAUUACAACCCCAAAGCAUUGGCCAAGUUUUGCCACACCAUGGUUCUAAUGAAGACCUAAGAAAACAAUUAGGUACUUCACAAAAUUAUAAUAUUGACAUUUAA